AAGUGCUGAGAAUACAAUUAAUGUGUUAGAUUCUGCCCUAAUCAACAGCCCUUCUGCUGUUCAUGAAGAACAAGUGAAGUCCACAGAAAAUAAAUCUGACAUGUCCCAGGUUUCUCUUUCAUCGAGUGUUAUUGACCCAAAGUUGCUUAUACUAAAGAGAGGUGAGGCUCUCCUCAAACAACCUCCAAUGUUGGCUCUAGUUUCCAGCAGCCAGAGCCCAUCUGGUACCCCUAGUGAUUGCCUAGAUAGAGUCUCUGUAGAGUGCCUUUCAGAAUAUGACUUGACUACAGAUGUUGCAGCUGAAAAGGCAGCCCCAGCACCUCUGAGCUUUCAUGUACUAAAUGCUCCCUGUAAUGUUACUGGUUCAUCUUCAAAGGAUGAGUCUAAAAAACAGACAUUAAUCAAAACCGAACAUUGUCUAGAAUUUGAAAGGCAGAUUCCCCAAGACGAGCCUCUCUUAAACUCUGCUUCAUCUACCCAAACUCUGAUCCAUAUCUCACCAAGACUGCCCUCCAGGUCAGUCAGUAUGUGUAGUACCAUCACUGUUCAGUCUGAAGGUCCUCCUAACCAGCCAUGCCAAGAUUCUAUGUUGUUGGAGGUGGAGGAACAACACUCACCAGUUCAACAUUUGGCAGAAAUAAAGGACGCAAGGGACAAUGCUAUUGAGCAGCUUGAUGCUUCUAUAGGAGAGAGCAGUGAGGGAGAAGCAGAUGGUUCUUUAGAAGCCCAGACCAAUGAAAGCAUUGUUAUUCCCAGUCCAGCGCAAAAUAAGCAUGGACAGAGCAGGACAGACACACAGACCUUUUUGUUGAAGGUUCGCCAGUGGAUAGCAGGCAGAGGGACAUCAAGCUCCACUCCCUCCACCUCUCGUACACCAUCACCACCUCCUGCUUCCUCAUCUGUAGACUCCAAACACACUCUGCCUUCUUCCCAGAACUCUGGUGGAGCCUCUCAGUCAGAUCAAGCAUUCAGCCAACGGCCUCGCUCAGAGAAGCACACUGAUAUGGCAGAGCUGGCUAAACAUGAGGCAGAGAUUGAACAUCGGACACUUGCGCUGAAACGCGAAGGUUUCUGGUCCCUAAAACGUUUAUCUCGUGUGGCUGAGCCACUCCGACCCAAGGUGCACUGGGAUUACCUUUGUGAGGAGAUGCAGUGGCUUUCUGCUGACUUUGCACAGGAAAGGCGCUGGAAAAGAGGCGUAGCCAGAAAAGUGGUUCGGAUGGUGAUGCGGCACCAUGAGGAGCUACGGCAGAAAGAGGAGAGAGCAAAGCGUGAAGAGCAUGCUAAACUGAGGAGGAUCGCUGCUUCCAUUGCAAAGGAAGUCCGUGCUUUUUGGAGCAGUGUUGAGAAGGUUGUGCAGUACAAACAACAGUCCCGGCUUGAAGAGAAACGCAAGAAAGCCCUGGAUCUGCAGCUGGACUUCAUUGUCGGCCAGACAGAGCGCUACUCUGACCUGCUUAGUCAGUCCUUGCAAGCCACACCUGCAGCCCCUAUCAGUGUUCCUUCCCGAAACAGUCAGUUUAAUGCACCUGAGGAAGAUGAUAUUGACUUCGAGCCUCCAUGUGAGGAGGAAGAUGAUGAAGAGACAAUUGAGGUGGAGGAGCAGCAGGAGGGGAAUGAUGCAGAGUCUCAGAGAAAGGAGAUUGAGUUAUUGAAGCAGGAGAGCACCCUGCCACUAGACCAGUUACUUAGUACACUCUCUCUCCCUCAGGGCUCGGCAUCUGAGGAUGAAGCAUCAGAUGCUUCCUCUUCUACAGUUGAAGAUGAGGACAAAGAGUUUUCAGCUAAUGAGGAAGAUGCGGAGGAUGUGGAGGACACCAUUGAAGCCCAGGAGGUGAUUGAGGGAGAUGGAGACCAUGCAGAGGAACUUGAUGACUUGACUAGAGAGGGUGAGAUGAGUAUGGAAGAGCUGCUAGAGAAGUACAAAGGGGCAUAUGCCUCUGACUUAGAAGAACCGUUACCAUCACCAGAGUCAUCGGAGGGAUCAGAGGGAACUGAAGAUGAAGAAGAGGAAGAGACUGAGGGAGAUGAAAGUGAUGUUUCCUUAGAUUCCGUAGAAAACAGUGAUGAGGAGGAGGAUGCUGAAGUUGAAGAAAGUGAUGAGGAGGAUGAAGAUGAUGGAGGAGAGGGGAUGGAGGUUUUACUAAGGGAGGGAGAUCACAGCCCUUCUGUCCCCACAUCUCCACGUCCCAAAAAAGAGAUCAGCCAUAUAGCUGCUACUGCUGAAAGCCUUCAGCCUAAAGGAUAUACCCUGGCCACAACAAGUGUGAAAACGCCUAUUCCGUUUUUACUUCAUGGCAACCUACGUGAGUACCAACACAUUGGACUAGACUGGUUGGUCACCAUGUUUGAAAAGAAGCUUAAUGGUAUCCUGGCAGAUGAGAUGGGACUUGGUAAAACUAUUCAGACUAUUGCCCUGUUGGCACAUCUGGCUUGUGAAAAAGGUAACUGGGGCCCUCACCUAAUCAUUGUGCCCACCAGUGUAAUGCUGAACUGGGAGAUGGAGCUGAAACGCUGGUGCCCUGGCUUUAAAAUUCUCACUUACUACGGCAGCCAGAAAGAGCGCAAACUUAAGAGACAGGGCUGGACCAAACCCAAUGCUUUCCAUGUGUGCAUCACUUCAUAUAAGCUGGUUUUGCAAGAUCAUCAGGCAUUCAGGCGCAAGUCCUGGAAAUACCUUAUUCUGGACGAGGCACAAAACAUCAAAAACUUCAAGUCCCAGCGUUGGCAGAGUCUGCUAAACUUCAACAGUCACCGGCGGCUACUGCUUACUGGUACUCCGCUGCAGAACAGUCUGAUGGAGCUGUGGUCGCUCAUGCACUUUCUCAUGCCGCAUGUCUUCCAGUCCCAUCGUGAGUUCAAAGAGUGGUUCUCCAACCCACUGACAGGGAUGAUUGAAGGCAGCCAAGAAUAUAAUGAGGGUCUUGUGAAACGGCUGCACAAGGUGCUAAGGCCCUUUUUGCUGCGGCGUAUCAAAGCAGAUGUGGAGAAACAAAUGCCCAAGAAAUAUGAGCAUGUUGUGCGCUGUCGCCUCUCCAAAAGACAACGCUUUCUCUAUGAUGACUUCAUGGCACAAGCCUCAACGAAGGAAACCCUAGCCAGUGGACACUUCAUGUCUGUAAUCAACAUCUUGAUGCAGCUGCGUAAAGUGUGUAACCACCCUAACCUGUUUGACCCACGGCCAAUCCAAUCUCCCUUUAUCACUCAGAAUAUAACCUAUUCCACUGCCUCCCUGGUUCUGAAGGCCUUAGACAUGUCCCCUUUUCAGCGUUGUGAUAUCUCUAUGUUUGACCUGGUCAGUCUGGAAGGCCAUGUCUCUCGGUACCAAGCAGAUGUUUACCUUCCUCAAAGGAAAGUAACACGCCAGCUGAUACAGGAGAUCAUGGAGUCCCCUGAGCCUCCACCCAGACCUAAACCUAUUCGCAUGAAGGUCAACAGGAUGUUUCAGCCACCCCCCAAGUCUGAUGGACGUUCAGCAACAUCAUCAAAUAACCCACGGCCCACAUGUCCAGUCUCUCCUGCAGUCCAGCCUCCACAGCCACCUCUAAUUACAGAGGUCACUCAUAAUCAGGCCCCUGUGCAGCAGACACCUCAAGUGUCCCCUGUCAAUCCUGUUGCUGCUCCACGAGCUUCUGCAUGUCAAAGUGUUACCUCCACGGGGUCUGCAAACCCAGUUAUGAGUAUUCGGCCUGCACCACCUUCCACUGCCCCAACAGUGUCUGUUACCCCUCAACCCCCCAGUAACGUCAUGACACAGAGGGUGCUUCUCAGCCCUGAUAUGCAGGCCAGAUUACCAUCUGGAGAGGUGGUGAGUAUUGCCCAGCUGGCCUCCUUGGCUGGUCGUCCAGUGUCGUCCAGUCAGGGCAGUAAGCCCGUCACAUUUCAACUGCAGGGUAACAAGCUUACCCUAUCUGGUGCUCCGCUCCAAGUGCCCGUUGCCCAGCCACGGUCUAUCCAAGGAAAUGUAAUGCAUCUGGUAUCCAGCGGUGGGCAGCACCACCUUAUUAGUCAGCCAGCUCAGGUUGCAGUUCUCCAUACACUUAGUCAGUCAGGUAGCAUCUCAGCAAAUCCCAACCCAACCAGCACAAUCCCAACCUGCUCUGGACUAGCAGUACCCCUCACUGCUGCUCAAGUUCCAUCACCCAGGGUAAGCGGACCAGGAAUUGUUAAGAUUGUCGUUCGCCAAGCAGCAGGCAAAGAGGGUGGGCACGUCCCUACUUUGGCUGUGCCCCCAUCUCCUCGUAUUGCCCAUCCACACUCAGUUUUGUUGCACCCACAUGGGACCCCAAGCUCUGCUCUUAGACCACCUGCUCCUCAGCAGCAUUCCCAGCGACUUCCUAUUCACCCUGCUCCUCCUCAAGCUCCUACCUCAAGCCCCGGCCAACCUUCACGUUCUGUGCUCAAGGUGGUGGAGGGAAAAUCCCCAAGCACAGGGACAGCUAAGGCAAAUACUUUAUUAGGGGUUGAAGAGAGCAGUAGUGAUGUUCUUACUCUUAAACCCGUGUCCUCAUCUCAAAGCCGUGCGUUUGGACUUCAGCGUCCCCGAAUCCAGCCUCCACCUCCACCACGAACCCCGUUUUACAUGUCAUGGCUUGCAGAUCGUCAUAAGGCCCAGAGAGAUGACCGGAUCUCUCAAAUUUUUCGAAUCAACGAAUUGCACUGCAAUGCAAAACCUGUGUAUGGUCAAGAGGUUCUGGAUUUUCUCACCUUCCUCCCAGGCCCUAGACCCACACCGGCUAAACCCCUCACUAACAGGUGGAGACACUCGGGGUAUAGUUCAUGUCUCAAAGCUCAAUCCCAGCAUACAAGCGACUACCUGGACCAGAGCAGAACUCUGCGAAAAGCCAUUUACAGUUCUGAGGAAAGGCUACACCUGAUAUUUGAUGUCAUAGACAGGUUCACAUUUGUCAUCCCUCCAGUUGAGGCCAAGCCUAUCACCAUGCAUUGCUGCCAUCCACCUCCUUCCCUCGGUUACCAGCAGGCUCUUUUUUCCUCUACACUGUCCGCUCAUCUUUCUCCCCUCAUGCAUAUGCUGCACCGCAUUUACUGCAAUAUGCGGACACACUUCCCUGACUUGCGACUUAUCCAGUAUGACUGUGGUAAGUUGCAGACUCUCCAUCUUCUGCUGCGGAAACUGAAGUCUGAAGGACACAGAGUGCUCAUAUUUACUCAGAUGACUCGCAUGCUGGAUGUACUGGAGCAGUUCCUCAACUACCAUGGGCACAUUUACUUACGGUUGGAUGGGAGCACACGAGUAGAACAGAGGCAGGCCCUGAUGGAACGUUUCAAUGCAGACCGUCGAAUCUUCUGUUUCAUCUUGUCCACCCGGAGUGGUGGUGUGGGAGUAAACCUGACCGGGGCUGACACUGUGGUGUUCUAUGAUAGUGAUUGGAACCCCACCAUGGACGCUCAGGCUCAGGACCGCUGCCAUCGUAUUGGACAAACCAGGGAUGUUCACAUCUAUAGAUUGAUCAGUGAACGGACCGUGGAGGAAAACAUUUUGAAAAAAGCCAACCAGAAGAGAAUGUUGGGAGAUAUGGCAAUUGAAGGGGGUAAUUUCACAACUGCCUUUUUCAAAGAGCAAACUAUCCGAGAAUUGUUUGAUUUGUAUGAGGGGGAAAAGAAGGAUGCUGAAUCAAGUGUACCUCCAUCAGAUGAUGAGGAAGCCAUAAAUAAACAACAAACUACUAUUCUGGAGCAGGCUUUGUGUCGUGCUGAGGAUGAAGAGGACAUAGUAGCAGCUUCCCAAGCCAAAGCAGAGCAGGUGGCUGAGUUGGCAGAAUUUAAUGAAAAUAUUCCUCUGGAAGAUGGUGAGAGCAGAGACCAAGAAGAGGAAGAACUUUCCAAAGCUGAGCAAGAAAUUGCUGCUCUGGUAGAACAGCUCACUCCCAUAGAGCGAUAUGCCAUGAAUUUUCUGGAGGCAUCUCUUGAAGAUAUUUGUAAAGAAGAACUGAAACAGGCUGAGGAGCAGGUUGAAGCUGCAAGAAAAGGAUUAGAUCAGGCAAAGGAGGAGGGUCUAAAACUACAUCAGUCAUCUGAUAAUGAUGAUGACUCCAUGCCUCACACUCCUGAGGAACACCCUCCAGCUCGUCGCACACGCAGACACCGAGACAAAGGUGCCCCCUCUACAAGGGCCAGUGGCAGGCUUAGAGGAACACCAGCUAAAAUGGAUGAUGAUAUUUCUACAACACAUCCAUCCCCAGACAGAGAGAGAGGGAGGAGAGGGGAGACAAGUGUGAAUCGUGCCCCUGGGCCUAGUUCUAGUUUGAAGUCCUCCCAGCCCAGAGAAGUGCCUGAAAGACUCUUGCGAGGUAGAGCAGGAAACGAAGAUGUGGCCUUCUCAACAUCCACCGCUGGAGGACCUCUGAAAUAUCAAACUGAUCAGCAGCUGUCUGAUUCAGAAAGAUCUAGAGUACCAUCCCAAUAUUGCCAGCCCCUCUCUCCAGUGCCUUCAGAUGCUCCCUCUUCAUCAGUGGACCGAAAUCUCAGUGGACAUACAUCAACACUAACAACAGUAUUCAGAGAUACAGGGGAUGAGCACGGAGCACAGACGGACACCAACACACAACAACAGGGUAUAAGAGAUAGGAGGGCAUCUGUAUCUUCAGAAUCUAUUUGCUCUCCGGAACAUCAGUCAGAGCAAGAUGGCCAGCAUCCACUAUUUCCUUCACUGGCAUCUCCACAUUCUCGUUCACCACGUAAGCGCCAGUCUGCUGAUGAAGAGGUCCUGAAGGGCCUUCCAGAAGAUUCUCCAUCUGCAAAGGUCCUUAGAAAGCUUCCUGGUCGCCUUGUCACUGUGGUUGAAGAUAAGGAACCAAAGCGAAGGAAAAGGGGGGAAUGUGGGAGUGGUGGAGUGCAUACUGAAGGUUCCUCUGAAGAGACCGAGCAGGCUGAAUCCUCACAAGACGCAGUUCCCCUUUCACCAAGCCAAUCUCUUAAAGAGUCUCUUCCAAAAUCACCUCCAAUGUCUCCCCCUGAGACACAGCAAUUGCAGGAACAGGUCUCCCCUUCAUCGCUCACAAAUCCAGGGAGAGGUUACCACCCUUACUCACCUACACACCAUUCACCAGACAUGCCUGUCCUUCGGAACUUACCGGUGCGCCGGCGCUUGGAGACUGAAUCUCGUAUGGCUGCUCAAUUAGGAGAACAUUUCCUAGGUAGAGGCAGAGGGCUUGACCGACGUACUCCCCUGUCACCAAAGAAACAAGAGCCUGGUUCAUCUAAGGAUGGCUGUACCAACCCUAAUGUUACAUCUGAUGCUAAUGCAACCUGUUUCUCACCAGGAAAGCGCAAAAGGGGUAGGCCUCCCAAAAUGUCACCUAAGCCACCAGAGCCCCUAGAACAGGACAUCCCUGUGGCACAGAAAUCUGUAAGUGAAGAACAUAGUCCACCUCAGUCACCAAAGCGAAAGAGGGGACGACCUCGCAAAGAUUCCACCACAAAUGCAGUAGACAGUGGUAAACCUGAAAAAGAAGCAAGCUGUCCUACAAGCAUGUCAUCCAUUUCACGGGAAGGCAUUUCUGAUGUAAAACCUAACUCGCAUGGUUCCAGUCUUGGGCCUUUAACCAUGUCCACUGUUCCUGAGUGCCCAGAAAUAAACUCUGUAGGUGAUGGUGCAUCUGAAUCAUUUAAAACAGCAGACUCUCCCCAAUCUCCUAAAGCAGACAAUCAAACCACUCAAUUCAAUGUACCCCCACCUCAGACACCUUGUGAAUCUCAGAUUAAGCAAACAUCCACACUGGAACAGUCAUCUGAUCACACUAAUUUUAAGGCCACAGCUCCAAAUUCUGACUCUCCAGACUCUUCCCUUACAGCUGUACCAGAAGUUAUUCAGACAGAAAAUGCCACUCCGACCAACACAAAACCUUCACUACAGCCUGCUACCACUCCAAGUGAGCGUUUUGAUAGCUCUGCUCCCAGCCCUGCCCAAGAGUGCAUACCUCUAUCUACAUCCUCAGUUUGUCAAAGCAAUCAAGUAACCACAAUACCCUCACAGCUUGCAACUGUGUCAGAAAAAGGCGUUGCUGCAGAGAUGCCUGUGAAAUCUAAUCAGUGUACAGCUCAUCCCCAAGGCUUGACUACACCUACUGAUUUAUUGGCACAACCAACACUUAAAAGCAACAUAUCAAAUGCAAGUCCUCCGCUAACCUCAGUUAGUACCACAUCAACUACAUUUGCCCAGACAUGUGAGCUUCUAUCUGAACCCAUUGUGAAAACUCAUAUUCAGCCAUUAUCAGUUCCUGACUUGACUCAGCCUUCUGUUCAACCUGAUAUACCACUGGAAACUAUAUGUAAUCCGAACCAGACAAACACUGCUCUUUCUCAACCUAAGUCUGAAAAAACACAAACAGCCCACACAGAUUUAAGCCAAAUACCUAUAGCCCCUAAAUCUCCUGAGUCACUUGAAAUGGCAUCUGACUGUUCUCUGCAAUCACCUGCUUCUAGGCAGAGAACUACAAAUACAUCUGUACUUGCUGAAGAACCGAGAACUGAGAAUCAGCAAGACCCGAGUGUUUCAAAGGAAGAUGGCUUAGUUUACUCUACAGAAGAAAUGGAAAGAAACAUCUCUGGGAGUCCUGAGAAAGCAGAGAGAGAUAAUAGCCAGUCUCAGGCAAAAAAGAGGAAAUUGGAAAAUUUGGCAGCGGAUCAGAGAUCUGAUGCACCCUUAAUCUCGGAAACAGUGAUGCAGACCACUCCUACAAGUGAUGUAGCUGAUACGCCACUAGAAGAGGAGAGUCAGAAAAAGGAGCAAGAGGGCAAAAGCACAGGCAAGAAAAGAAGCAUUUGUCGACAAAGCAGUCAGGAAUCUGUUCGCUCCUCCUCUCCAUCUUCUGUUUGUUCCAGUGGUACUCUCUCAUCUCAGUCAAAAAAGUCUGCAGAGAGCAGUAUGCUAACAAAGAGAAAGCGAAUGGAGAGAGAAUCAGAAAAAGAGAGAGCAGACAGAGGGUCUGAUCAAGAGCGAGUGAAACCUGAGAGUCAGAGUUCCAACUCCACUUCCUCAGAUUCCGAAGACUCCACUGGUCAAGAAAGACGUCUUACUCGUUCAUCACACAAAAUUUUGGAGAAGGAGACCACGAGUGACAAAGGUGACAAGAACAGUACGGGGCGAAGGAGGUCUGACAAGAAAGCGAACAAAGAAGUGGAGUCCACUGCCUCAACACCCGCUAGGGUAACACGUAAAUCCACAGGCACCCAACCUAUUUCACAACUGACUUCUCCAACCUUAUCUGAGCCUGAAGUACUAGGAAAACGCUGCUCAGCACUCAAUGCUGCUGCUAAACUUUUGGCUAUGAGAGGAAAGGGACCAGAUCCACCAAGUUCCAGUUCCAAAUCUAAGGCUACACAAGUACACCAACCAACUUCUGAAAAAAUAAGUAAGUCUAAAGGCAAACAAGACCAGGACUCCCCUAAGACAAAUUCAGUUGUUAAUAAACCAGAGAGUAGUCGACAAACCUCUACUCAUUUAACCGAUUCCCCACAGUCCACUACUGGAACCGGUCACUCUGCCUCCCGCUCUACUCGGCAGCGACCAGGCAAUCUUGUGCCUCCUUUAGAAACUGAAGCCAAGAGAGCCAAAAAAGAAGAAAAGAAAAAGACUUUAGAUCAAAAGGAAGAAGUAGAGGAAGAAAACCGAGAGAUAAGGUCUUCGAGGGGGCACAGUGCUUGCAGUAGUGUAAGCAGUGAAAGAGGGGCAGGCAGCAGCAGGAGCCGGAGUAGCAGCAACAGCAGCCAGUGCACUCGCAGCCUGAGCUCACGGAGCACUGGUCCACCACACUCGCACUCAAGAGCUCCUUCAUCGGGUAGCGACACUGAGAAAGUGAAAGGCAGGCAGAAGAAAACAGAGGAGAACCGAGGCCGUGAAAGCAGGAGAGAGAGGCAUUCAAAAAAUCAUGAGAAGCCAGAGCCCAGUGCUGGGUCAAGUGAGGGAACACCUGACCGUGUGUUGAGGAGUGUUGCUGCUCUGGCAGCAGUUCAGGCUCGCACUCCAGCUAGCAACACCCGUUCCUCCUCCAGUCAACAACGGCACUCCAAAACUUGAUUUAGGAUAAGAGAGAUAAUGACUGGGAACUGCAGUGACGAAGGUUUUUACAGGUUUUAAGGAAAGGGGAACAAACUUGCCCUUCUUAACACUGUCUGCGAGACGUCAAAUUGAGUCUAUUGCACUUUGCAAUAAGAACUAAACUUAGGUGCAUUCUAUUAAGCCAUCUGGAGUGUGGAGAGGAAAUGGAGAUGCAAGACAGAUGAAGAUGGUUACUUGUUAAAAACAUGGCAUUGGUAUGGUCUUGGUAAUGAGAUUAAAAUGACUGUACCUAACUAUACCACAAGGACUUUGGACAGCUGGGCAAGGGGCAAGAGUUGUUUAGUUCACACUAUGUACUGUAAUCAUUUAAAGACUGGAAUACUAAAAGAAGUAUCUGUUAAAAUGGGUCAUGUGUACCCUUUAUACAGAGUUUACUUGUGCUGCAAAGGUGAUUGCAUAAAGUAAUUUAUGCUAAGUUUGAAAGAUUGAUUGUUAAAACAUUUUAAGCAGACAGCCUAUGACAAAAUGUUUGCCUAGCUGUUGACUAUUGUUUGUUUCAAGUCAGUUGAUUAAAUUAAGAAUAUUCUGUGGUUUCUUCCAGGGUAUGAAGAGAGCAGGUCUGUAAAUGUGAUUUUGCUGCACUAUGCUGGAGUUAGUCUCUACUCAGACCUCCUUGUCUUGUGUAAUUUUUUUUUCCUCACCUAUCAGUUACUUUUAUGUCCAGCCUUUCUCCAUUUGCACAUCUUAAAUAAUACCCCUUGAUAGUUUUUUUUUUACACAUCGCUUUCAAUCAAGUAAAUUACUGGUACCUCACACUAUGUAUAUCUUUUGAGCUUGUGAAAAAUUUUGAAGUGUGCUUGUCCUGGCAAUAUGGAGAUGAAAUGCAACCUCAUUUUUUCACCUUUUCCAAAGUAUUAGUGGUCAACUUUCUAGUAAACUUUGUUGUCGAACAGUCUCAAGUUAGUGUGACAAAGUGAGAGUGCCUGUUGAUCCACAUAGGACUGGAUCUGUAUGCCUUGUUAAGAAAACAAAUUUGGGCUUCAAAGAUUUUUAGUGUUUAAAGUGUAAUAAAGACAUUUUCCAUCCAGAACCACAGGAGGUACAACUGUGUUACAGUCCAACCAAACUGAAAACACCUCUUUAGUGUAAAUUGCUGUUGUCAUCCUUUUUUUAUUCAUCCUUUUAUGAUAAAAUCAAAAGAAAUUCUCCUGCAUAAAACUUUUGAUUUUUUUUUUUCAGCAGAACCUUGACCGUUGCUGCUGUUAUCCCAUUUUGCGGUAGACACUUGUUUUGGGGAAUGGGUAUUAUGUGGUGAUAGUCUUAUUUUAAUUUUGUCUCUCUGAAUUUGUUACAUUCCUUUUGUUCCCAUGUAAUUCCACAUUGUUUUACUUGAAAGAUUGAAACAACAAAAGUCAGUUGAAUAAAAAGACCAAAAAUAUCAA